AUGACCGCGGAGGAGCUCGACACGAGCGAGAGGCAGGCGUUCCUUGAGUGGCGGAGGAAUCUUGCGAGAUUGGAAGAGAAUGACAAGCUUGUCCUUACACCUUUCGAGAAGAACAUUGACAUCUGGAGACAGCUCUGGAGAGUAAUUGAACGCAGUGAUUUGCUGGUCAUGGUAGUUGAUGCUCGAGAUCCCUUAUUCUACCGGUGUCCUGAUCUUGAGGUAUAUGCAAAGGAACUUGAUGAACACAAGAGAACAAUGCUCCUUGUCAACAAGGCUGAUCUACUACCUUUAAAUAUCAGAAAAAUAUGGGCAGAUUAUUUCAAGGAGCACGAUAUUCUUCAUGUUUUCUGGUCUGCUAAAGCUGCUACUGCCACAUUAGAAGGAAAAAUGUCGAGUGGUGAACAAGAUUCUGCUUCACCUGAUAUGGAUACCAAGAUAUCUGGCAGGGAAGAACUUUUGAUGAGGUUGCAAGCUGAAGCGAAAUCUAUCGCAGCACAAAGAAGGACGUCAGCUAGUAAAGGGGAACAAGAAGCAAGUUCUACUGAUUCCGUUUCAUCAGUGGCUAAACAUGUAGUUGCUGGAUUUGUUGGUUAUCCAAAUGUUGGGAAGAGUUCCACCAUAAAUGCUUUGGUUGGUGAGAAGAAGACCGGUGUUACUCACACACCUGGUAAGACAAAACAUUUCCAGACAUUGAUAAUCUCUGAAGAGCUCAUGCUGUGUGAUUGUCCUGGUCUGGUCUUCCCUUCAUUCUCAAGCUCAAGGCAUGAGAUGGUGUCAUGCGGUGUCUUGCCGAUUGAUAGGAUGACAAAGCACCGGGAAGCUAUCCAGGUGGUGGCAGAUCGUGUCCCAAGAGACGUCCUGGAGCAGAUUUACAAGAUCACCUUGCCAAAGCCAAAGCCAUACGAACCACAAUCUCGGCCACCGACUGCAGCUGAGCUGUUGCGGGCAUACUGCGCGUCUCGGGGCCAUGUCAGCCAUGGCGGGCUGCCUGACGAGACAAGGGCUGCUAGGCAGAUACUCAAGGACUACAUCGACGGCAAAAUCCCACACUACGAACUCCCUCCUGGUGUUGUCACAGACGAUGAAGUAGAAACAAGAGAAUCUACUGUUGCAGCAGCAGAAGGUCCGACUGCUUCAGCAGUUGACGAAUCUGGCAGUGACGACUCCGAUGAACAGGAUGAUAUGACAGGAGGUCCAGACAUGAGGCAGCUCUUGAGUGACCUCGAGUCUUUCGACUUGGCCGCCAGCGAAGGGUCCAAUGCCACUGGAAAGAAGAAGCAGCACCAGGCAUCACAGAAGCAGCACAGGAAACCCCAGCGGAAGAAGGACCGGUCCUGGAGGGCUAGCAACGAUGGCAGCGAUGGGACGGCGGUGGUAAGGGACUUCCAGAAGCCCACCGUCAGUCAUCCCACGGUCAGCGUGAAUGGAAAUGUCUAG